CCACCACCACCACCAUUGCUGUCACCAUGACUCUCAAAACCAUGCUUUUCUUCUUCUUCUUCUUAACGGCCUUCCUUUCGUUCUCGACUCAAGAAACUAUCAAACCUCCGUUAAACAAGAACAAUAAUUUCUCUCUUUCUUUUCCUCUUACUUCUCGUUCUCUUUCUUCUCAAACUUCUCCCAAAUUUUACUCCUCUUUCGUUGCGCAGACCAAGCGGAACACCGGAAAGAAAGCCGCUCCGUCAUUGAAUUACAGAUCAAAGUUCAGGUAUUCGAUGGCUCUGAUUGUGUCUCUUCCGAUUGGGACGCCGCCACAGACUCAGGACAUGGUGUUGGAUACCGGUAGCCAGCUGUCGUGGAUUCAGUGUCAUAAGAAAGCUGCCGCUUCGCCUAAGAAGCUAGGUCCUCCUAGAGCAUCGUUUGAUCCUUCGCUCUCUUCUUCUUUCUCUGUUUUACCGUGUAAUCAUCCGGUGUGUAAACCGAGGAUUACCGAUUUUACCCUCCCGACGGAUUGUGACAAGAACCGCUUGUGUCAUUACUCUUACUUCUACGCUGAUGGCACGUUGGCUGAGGGUAAUCUUGUCCGAGAGAAAUUUACCUUCUCUCCUUCCCAAAGUACCCUUCCUUUGGUCCUUGGUUGUGCUAAGGAUUCUAGUGAGGAUAAGGGUAUUUUGGGAAUGAAUGUUGGACGGUUGUCGUUUGGUUCCCAAGCGAAAGUAUCCAAGUUCUCAUAUUGCGUUCCGCCACGAAGCUCCCGAGUCGGGUUUACACCAACCGGGUCAUUUUACCUCGGUGAAAACCCGAACUCAGCCGGGUUCCAAUAUGUUAACCUAUUGACUUUUCCUCAAAGUCAACGCAUGCCGAAUUUAGAUCCUUUGGCAUACACUGUUGUUUUGCAAGGAAUACGAAUGAGUGGAAAAAAAUUAAAUAUUCCAGCGUCGGUAUUUCGGCCCGAUGCUAGCGGGUCGGGUCAAACAAUCGUGGAUUCUGGAUCCGAGUUCACCUAUUUGGUGGACGAAGCUUACAAUCAAAUAAAAGCACAGGUCGUAAGACUGGUGGGCCCAAAGUUAAAAAAGGGGUACGUGUAUGGUGGAGUUUCAGACAUGUGUUUCGACGGAAAUGCUCUAGUGAUCGGACGGCUGAUAGGCGACAUGGUGUUGGAGUUUGAUAAAGGAGUGGAGAUAGUGAUUCCAAAAGAAAGGAUGUUAGCAAAUGUGGAGGGUGGGGUCCACUGUGUCGGAAUUGGACGGUCAGAUAUGCUUGGCAUCCCAAGUAAUAUUAUUGGAAACUUUCAUCAGCAAAAUCUGUGGGUGGAAUUUGAUCUCACCAACAAGAGAGUGGGUUUCGGUAAGGCUGACUGUAGCAGAUCAGCGUAAAUAUAUGUGGUGGUGCUUUGUUUACCGAACGUGCAUGGACAGAAGAGAGUUAAUAUUAGAUAUUUUCUAGUGAGACUGUACACAAAAUACUUAAAAAGAGUAAUGGCCGUCCGAUUGUCUGGUUUAUGAUGUUAUGGAAAUGUAAGGCGGGAGUAGGCCAGAUGGUCCCAUGGGACUAUCGAGUAUAGGCCCAUUCUACUGUGUUUUAUGAAUGAUGCUGAGGCUAUGUAUAUAUUAGGAUGUGAAAAUCAUGUGACUCAUUUACAGCCUAAUUAUUUUGUUUAUUAUUAUUAUUAUUUACAUUAAAUUAUAAUAUAAUCGUGUUUAGA